CUAUUAAUCAUCCAUCCGCGGGGUCAAUAACUAAUCAAUGGAGUUCCCUGACGAUGCUUUUUAUACCGGCUGUCCCGUCGGUUUCUUUUCGUCCCUCAGUUUCAUUUAUUUGUCGCUACAGCCGCCCCAAUCAUUUGACCAGCUUUCGCCAUAGAUAUUCAACCAAGAUGAGCCAACCCGAUAUCACUUUGUACACCUGCCAGACUCCCAAUGGAAUCAAGAUCUCCAUUGCGCUGGAAGAGCUGGGACUUCCUUAUAAGGUGCAGAACAUUGACAUAAGCAAGAAUACCCAGAAAGAGCCCUGGUUCCUUGAGAUCAACCCCAAUGGCCGUAUUCCGGCCCUGACCGACACCUUCUCUGAUGGCCAAAAGAUCCGUCUGUUCGAAUCUGGCGGCAUUCUCACCUAUCUUGCCGAGCAAUAUGACAAGGACUACAAGAUCUCUUACCCUAAGGGUACCCGCGAAUACUACGAGAUGACCAAUUGGUUGUAUUUCCAGAACGCUGGCGUGGGCCCCAUGCAAGGCCAGGCAAAUCACUUCGUGCGCUAUGCACCCGAGCGCAUCCAGUACGGCAUGACUCGGUAUACCAACGAGACGAGGCGACUGUACGGCGUUCUCGACCAGCACCUUGCCAACUCCAAGUCAGGAUACCUCGUCGGUGACCACAUCUCGCUUGCGGAUAUUUCGCACUGGGGAUGGGUUGCGUCUGCUGGAUGGGCCGGUGUCGAUAUUGAAGAGUUCCCGCACCUGAAGGCGUGGGAGGAGCGUAUGGCUGCUCGGGAGGGCGUCGAGAAGGGUCGCCAUGUUCCAUCGCCUCAUACUAUCAAGGAGCGCCUGAAGGACCAGAAAACUAUCGAAGAGGAGGCGGCUAAAGCCCGGGAGUGGAUUAUUAACUUCAUUUGCAGCGCAAGUCCAGGGAAAAUGGCCUGGCGUAAUCAAGGAGUCACAGGCUCCAACAACGUCCCUCUGGGCCGGAGACGGUUUGGUGGUGAUGAUCCCGCAGAGGAGGAGAGCCGCACAGCAACUCCUUCGUCUGUCGGGGAGCACAAGCGUGGCAGAAGUCCUGUUCGGGCUGACCCUCCAGCUGACGGGGUCAAGAAGCGCAAGAAGCGCAACCGUUGGGGCGAUGCGCAAGAGAACAAGGCUGCCGGUCUCAUGGGCUUGCCCACGAUGAUCAUGGCAAACUUUACCAAUGAGCAGCUUGAAGCUUAUACGCUUCAUCUCCGUAUUGAGGAGAUUAGCCAAAAGCUUCGUAUCAACGAUGUCGUCCCAGCGGAUGGUGACAGGUCUCCGUCACCCCCUCCGCAGUACGAUAACUUUGGCAGACGUGUAAACACUAGGGAAUACCGUUACCGGAAGCGCCUCGAGGAUGAGCGGCACAAGCUCGUCGAGAAGGCCAUGAAGACCAUUCCUAACUACCACCCGCCUUCUGACUACAGACGUCCUACCAAGACUCAGGAGAAGGUCUACGUUCCAGUGAAUGACUAUCCAGAAAUUAACUUCAUUGGCUUACUCAUAGGACCUCGUGGUAAUACCUUGAAGAAGAUGGAAACCGAAUCCGGUGCCAAAAUUGCUAUUCGUGGCAAGGGCUCUGUCAAGGAAGGAAAGGGACGCUCUGACGCCGCUCACGCUAGCAACCAGGAAGAAGACCUCCAUUGUUUGAUCAUGGCAGACACUGAAGAAAAGGUUAACAAGGCAAAGAAACUGGUGCAUAACGUUAUUGAGACGGCUGCUUCAAUUCCCGAGGGUCAGAACGAGCUCAAGCGGAACCAGCUUCGAGAGCUUGCCGCUCUUAACGGUACUCUGCGUGAUGAUGAGAAUCAGGCUUGCCAAAAUUGUGGCCAAAUUGGACAUCGCAAGUAUGACUGUCCAGAACAGCGCAACUUUACCGCCAACAUCAUCUGUCGUGUUUGUGGCAACGCUGGUCACAUGGCCCGUGAUUGUCCUGACCGUCAGAGAGGCACCGACUGGCGUAACAAUGGUGGUUACGCUGGUGCUGGAGGCCGUAGGGCUAUUGGUGGCGGCGACGCUGUCGACCGUGAAAUGGAGCAACUCAUGCAAGAGUUGUCGGGAGGAGCUCCAGGUGAAGAUGGCCACAUCCCUCGCCGCAUCGAAGCUGGUCCCGAUCAGGGUUACGACGACCGUGAUGCGAAGCCGUGGCAGCGUGGGCCACCGCCCAGUGAUGUGGCUCCUUGGCAACAGAGAGGCCGAGACAACCGCUCCCGUGAUGACUAUGGAUCGCGUGACCAGGGAAGCGCACCCCCAUGGGCUCAGAGUAGCCGUGGAGGCGAUUAUGGAUAUGGCUCGCAGGGUGGCUACGGAGCCCCUGGCGCUGCACCCUGGCAGCAACAGCAGCAGCAGCAGGCCCCUCCGCCCCCUCCGGGUGGGCAGGCUGCGUAUGGUUAUGGCUCUUAUGGCGGAUACGCUCCUCCCGUUCCGGGCAUGGGCGCUCCCGGGGCUUCUUCUAGCAUGGGAGCUCCUCCUCCUCCACCGGGCAUGCCGCCUAUGUACUACGGCUCCGGUGGCAGCCCACCACCCCCACCCCCUCCUCCUGGUGAAGGACCACCACCUCCUCCCCCGAGCGAGCAACCUCCUCCUCCCCCGCCCGCUUAA